CCGAGAGCGACGAGCAUGGCGCACUCCCUCGCCGCCUCCUUCUCGCCGGCCGCCGCGCGGCGCCAGGUGACAAAUGUGAUUUCAAGCCGGAGCUCGGUUUCCUUCCAGAGCCACAGGAUGACUUCUGUAUCCAUCCGUUCAAGACCAAGUUCUCUUCGUUUCAAGAUUUGCUGUUCGGCUAAGAAGGAGACAGUCGACAAGGUCUGUAGUAUAGUGAAGGAGCAGCUGGCUCUUCCCGAUGGGACUGCUAUCACUGGCGAAUCAAAAUUCGCCGAACUUGGUGCUGAUUCACUGGAUACGGUUGAAAUUGUGAUGGGCCUCGAGGAGGCGUUCAACAUAACCGUCGACGAAACAAGCGCACAGGACAUCGCGACGGUGCAGGACGCUGCAGACCUCAUCGAGAAACUCAUGCUGGAAGCGCCUCCAAAGGUUGUCUAGAUCGAUCCAUCAGUCUUGCGAUUGGCGACUUGGCGUUUUAUGUUAAAUUGUUCAUGUUACCCAAUUUGUUCUUUAUUGAUGGUUCAAGAUAAGAUUUUUGUAUGGAUGUUGCUGAGGUAUAAAUUAGAUGCUCCAAAGGCUGCAUGGAGCAGAUGAAGACGAUGUAUUCCACUUCCCAUUUGCAUGUUGUACUUCCAUAGAGAGAUCAAUGAACUGUUAUGAAGAGUC